CAUACACAAUAAAACCCCAAUGCAAUGAAAUAAAAAGAAAUAAGUUAUAUUUUAAAAGAAUAACUUUAAUUUUGUGUUGUAAGUAUGUGUUGUGAUGUAAGUACUCCUUAAUCAAAAUUAACACUUAAUUUGACUUUUGGUCUUAUCAAGUCCAUUUUAAAGCAUUUGCUCUUUUGGCCUUUUAACAUGUAUAGAGGUGGCUCAAAGGGCAUUGACAGUCAAGUCAAUAGUAGCAGAUCACAAUGGAGACUAUAGUCACAAUGAUGAUAGUGAAACCUAGAGAUUUAUUGUGCACAUAAUAUUUCUGUCCAAAUGAGGAAAAAAAGAUAUUCACCUUGAGUUACUAUCAGUUUCACUCAUUUCCAAAAUCUAAGUACUAAGAUCAAAUCUUGCAACAACAAGUAUAAAAUCGAGUUUUAGCCAGUAAGAGAAUUUGAUAGUCCUUGGGACUAUCAAAUGAAACUUCAUCUACAGGACCAGUACGGCAAUCAGCUCAUCACAAAACACAUGUACAGUAUGACUUCAGAUCAAUGGCUAAGCAGACUUGAAUCAUAUGUAAUAGGCACACAUGGUUGUGUCAUACUUGGUGUCAUUUGUGACACCUUAUGGUGACAUUCCAUCAUAUUUCCCUUAAAACUUAAAUAAGUGCUCUAUCCUCCAAUAGAACACAUUAAGUCAACUUUUCAGUGGGGAAUACUGUGCACUUAGCUAUAGCAAAGCCCAUGACUAAAAGAGCACAGGCUGCGUGUGUGAAGUAUUAUCCUGAACAGUCAAAUAGAACAUGCAUUUCCAGCAACCUCUUCUGCAAGACUGUUUGCCUCAUAAAGCAAAAUCAGCUAUCUAGAAAGCACUAAACUAAAGAUCAUCUACAGCCUCUUUCAUGGCCUUUGUAUGCACAGCAUGCAGCAUUGUUCCUCCUGUCCAGCAAGGGGAGAGCAGGAUAAAUCAAUUACUUGGCAGCCCCUCCGGAAGUACUCCUUUUGAAUUUGCAUUUGUUGUUUUAUUUUAAAUAUUCAAAUUGUAUCAGUAAUAUUCAAAUAUAAAGAAUGAUAUAUAUUUGGCUUCAUAAAAUCCAGCCUCAUAAAUUAUAUUCUUAUGCUUACAUAAAAUAUCAAGCUUAGAAUAUGAGUUUGCAUCAGCAUCUCAUAUCUAAUUCUGCAAUAUUGGCUUCAUUCUGAUCACAGGGGACUCUAGGAUUAAGAAAUAUGUUUUUAGCACUUAUUCCCUUAAACAUGUGUUCAUGCAUACUAAUCUAAAAUACUUUAUGCCAUGUAUAUGAGACAAUUGUAAAAAUCAAAGGAGUGAGUACCUCUCCAGGGAGGGAGAACGGUAAAUAAAUUCAGAGAUUAAAACAAUGCUGAGUUACUUGAUACUUCUCUGUGCUAACAAUGCCCAGCUAUAUCUGAAAUAAAGAUAAGAGUCGAUGCAGUCUCAGAGAGGUUGAUUAACAUUGGGCCUCCUGGGGUUCCAUUGUCUGCCCUCUUGAUCUCUAGGAAGCUCUGUCUCCUCCUUUGAUGCUUAAGAUACCUUCCAAACUAACAGAGAUUAGUUGCUCAAGUAAGGUUUACUAUUAGUCUAAAUAGGCCCGGCAUUGGGAGGCAGAGGCGGGUAGAUUUCUGUGAGUUCAAAGCCAGCCUAGUCUACAGAGCGAGUUACAGGACAGGCUUCAAAGCAAUACAGAGAAACCCUGUCUCUAAAAACAAACAAACUAACUAACACAAUUAGUCUAAAUGAUUUCAUGCAUUUAAAUCUCAAGUAAUUUCUCCCAGCGUAGACAUCUAAGCAUCUUCCAUCUAUGUCUGUUAAAAUUAGGCUCACCACCCCACCUCUCCUGUAUUUCUCUGUUGUAUUUUCACGUGUUGUUAUUUUCUUUGUUUUACUUCAUAACUCCUGCUCAUUUAUAAGUCGGCUUCCAGUGAACAGACCUGUCUUCCCAUAUACAAUGCUCUGCCCGGCACAGAGAAAGGAGCCCUCCAGGGAACUGCCCGAGAGCCACUAUCCCUCACAGAAUGGUGUCCACCAGCAAACCAAUUGGCCCCGACACCAUCCUCUUUCCUCGACAGUUUCUUGGUUGAAUUAGAGAAGUUUAGUACUUUAACCUUGCCAUCUGACCAGGCCAAACCAAACAUCCUACACCAGGUCGUCCUUGAAAUUAAGGAGGAGCCCUCUCAUCUCCCCCUGUCACUGGCUCCAGCAUCUGUACCACUCCAGUCACCCCACUGUCUGUCACCUUCUCCUCACUCAAGUACCACCUCAGCUGGGGCCCAGCGUGGUGAUACGAUGUCUCUCCAGGAUUCCACAGAGGACACUCAAAGAAAACUUACAGAUUUGAAUAAAAAGAGAGGGGGCUUUUCAAACCCUUCCAAAAUCCGUGAAGUCCCAGGUGAUAAAUUUGUGGCCUCUGCAUGCACCCAUGUGGGUGCCUUGCCUAUAACUCUUCCUGUCAUUGGAGAGGAAGAUGAGGAAAUCUGUGAGGGGCUUACAUGCCAAAGAUGGCUGCCAGGAUCUCAAGAGCAAGAUGUCACAUGGUGUGACCACAGCAGCGCAGAGGUGACGUCACAACUGCACAUCAAGGAGGAAGAAGAUAAGGACCCUGACUGCUUAAAAUAUUCACUAGGCAUUCACACACAUCCUAGGACCCCCAAGGAAGACAUCAGUGCAGCAAAAACCAGUAAUGAGCCACCUUCAUUUGCUUCGGAAGAUCGAACUGCUACGCCUUUCCCCAGCUGUCUGUUUCCCUCCCCUCCGCGUUAUUCUCCUCUGGCCUCUGUCUCUGACCUGGCCUGUGAGCUCUUUCAGCCCACCCAGGCCUCCUCACCUCCUCUCCUCCCCAAAUACCCACAUCAACAGGAGAUAAGUUCACCAGAAUCAAAGGUAACUGCAUCUUGAGUGUGGCUCAAUUUACUGCAUGUUCAGCAGGCAUAUGCAUUGAGAUUCAUGUUGUCUGACAAGCUCUAAAAAGUUAUGCAAAUUGUGACUGCUAACUUUUAACAUUAUCAGCAUGGCCAAAUCCAGCCACUUCUCAGUAGACAUGAUGCCACCCAUCAGCCAGUUCACAGAGCCUAAGAUCAGGUGGUCCUCAACAUUACUUGUCUGGAGCCCCGUCUUCCACAGGAUACACCAAGGAUGAUUCUUUGGUGUUGACCACAAAGCAGCCAUCUCUGAUACAGUGGUUCUCAACCUUUCCAAUGUUGCAACUCUUUAAUACACUUCCUCAUGUGGUGGUGACCCCCAACCAUUAAA